CAAACCCUAAUCCUAGCAUUCGAGCUCGUCAGUGGUGCCGCCGCCGACGUCGCGAUGCCGCCCAAGUUAGAUCCGACGCAGGUUGUGGAUGUGUUCGUCCGUGUCACCGGCGGCGAAGUGGGUGCUGCCAGUUCCCUUGCGCCGAAGAUCGGCCCGCUGGGUCUCUCCCCGAAGAAGGUCGGAGAGGACAUCGCCAAGGAGACCGCGAAGGACUGGAAGGGACUCCGCGUCACUGUCAAGCUCACCGUGCAGAACCGGCAGGCCAAGGUCUCCGUGGUUCCCUCCGCCGCUGCACUCGUCAUCAAGGCCCUCAAGGAACCCGAGCGCGACCGUAAGAAGACCAAGAACAUCAAGCACAAUGGCAACAUCUCCCUUGACGACGUCAUCGAGAUUGCCCGGGUGAUGCGCCCUAGGUCCAUGGCCAAGGACCUUUCCGGCACCGUCAAGGAGAUCCUCGGAACCUGCGUCUCCGUCGGAUGCACCGUCGAUGGGAAGGACCCCAAGGACCUGCAACAGGAGAUCAGCGAUGGAGAAGUUGAGGUACCGCUCGAGUGAGCAAGGCUAUCAUUAUUAUUACUUGUCCGAGUUCCUUUGUGUCAAAAAUCUUCCCUUUUUGAUCCUUUUAAGUUGCUUCAGCUCUUCUUCUUCUUCGAAUAUCUAUGAUUGCGGACACACUUUGAAUUCGAUACAAUUGCUUUAUCAAUUAUUAA